AUGUCCACAUCCCCAACCCCAUCCUCAUCUUCCCCGUCUACCCCACCCCCACCCCGCUGCCCUUCCUGCACCUCCCCCUUACCCCCACACCACCCCUCCUCCGCCCACGAACUCCGCACCUGCGACACGUGUUUUGUGCGACUUCGCUGCGCAGAGUCGCUCUGGGGCAGCACGCGGAGCGAGGAGAUUACGUUUUUCCCGCCGGUACUGGAUGAGGCGGAUUUGUAUACUGCAGGGAUUGAGACAAGUGGGGAUGCAGAGGAAGAGAUGGUGCAGAGGGGCGUGGAAGAAGAAGAGGAGAAGGAAAAAAGGGGGUUGUUUGCGUGGGUUGGUAGGCGGAGGUGA